AGCAGAGGAGCGGAGCGGCGGGCCACGUGCCGUGUGUGGCCAGUCGAGCCGGGGCGAGGCACGUGCCACGUGUAGAGAGACGAGAGCCCGGCAUUGACGAGUGACGGAGCUGAUUGGAAGUGACGGGUAGUGAAGAGAAAUGACAGGAGAGAGGAGAGGAGUGGUGUUUUGACCGCCGGGGGAGAGAGGGUUGAGAGAAGGAGAGCGGAGUUCAGCAAACAGUCAGAAGUGCCGGCGGAGCUCCGUUCGCCGCCGUCAUGCUGCCAACCGUCAGCCGGCGGGUGGCAGUUCAGCCGACCCGGGGUCAGCUGAGGUCAGAGGUCAGCAGAGGCGGCGGCUCGAGCUGCUGCUGUCUGUCCUGCUGCGGCUGCUGCCGCUGCUGCGGCUGCUUGAAUUUUGGAUUCCUGAAGACACAGCUUGGUCUGCUGAAGAUAGCUGAAAUGGCGCUGGGCGGCAUCUGCCAGGCUCUGCUGGUCAAGUACGGCCUGGGCUACUCGGCCUCACUCGGCCACGGCUACUCGGCAGUGCUUACCACGUCCAGCGCGUGUCUCUUCACCACCGGGGUCCUCCUGCUCUGCUAUUUGGUCUCCAGCACGUCCAUCGCACUCGUCAGACAGUCGCUCUUUGAGACGCUGUUUAACGGGAUCGCCUCUGUGCUGUACGUGGCGGCCUCGGGUCUGCUCUCGUUUACCGUCCAGUCGGUACUGUGGCCCCAGUACGUGGUAACGCCGUACUUCCAGGUGUACCCGGCUCUCACUGCCGCAUACUGUCUCGGGAUAGCCGUGGGCCUUGUUCACGGCUACGACACCUACCUCGCAUACCGCUGGUAUCGUGGCAGGCAAUAGCACCGAGCUGAGGAUGUGCUACUUCGCAGCCAUGGAAGUGCUACGGUGCUAAUUGAUAUUUGGGUGCUUUUGUGCUCCAGUUUGGAGAAAUUGAGUGCUGUGUUGAGAGUGAACCACGGACGGGUUGAGGGUGAACCAACCAAGAAGACGACGGAACGAUUCUGUCGAUUUGUAUCGGGCAUAUACCGGUGUUUGAUGUUUUUAAGGCUUUAAAUUGUUUGACAGAUGUAACCAAUUGGACAGUGGACAUGUUCACUGUUCAUGGUUUAUUUGCGUGAUGUUGGCACGGUGUGUGCCCUGUGCCGGCUCGUAGCAGGCUAGCAGCAGCACAAGAGGUGCUAUCGAACUUCAUUUGAGUAUGAGAAAUGGAUGUGCAUGCGCUUGAAUGGCAAGUGGCCGAAAACGGUAGCGAGCUGAGUCUCACGAUAGAUAGAGCGUCCACGAAAACGUCCUCAUAUAGAAAAGGGGAAAUCGAAAUGAUCAUGCUACCGGACCGGGCGGUAGGUUAUUAUGAGUGAUUCCUUGCAGGCAUGAUAUUGAGAAAUUCAUUUCCUCGUUGUCUCAUUUGGGAAAAUUAUUGUGGAUUCCCAAAUGUCACACUGCCAGUAAUAAACGGUACGAUAUCUAA